AUGGGGAUCACCAAACUGGCGGAUUUAAUUCGUUCUGAUGCACAAGAUUCCAUAUCUUACAAGGAAAUAGAAGAUUACACAGGCAAAGUCAUAGCUCUCGAUACGUCCAUUGUUAUGAAUCAGUUCCGCACUGCUGUCCCAAACUUAAAAUACCUGAGUCCUCUGACAGGUCUGUUCUUUCGCACUCUUACUUUCCUGGAGCAUGAUAUCAAGCCUGUCUUCGUCUUUGACGGCAAGCCCCCAAAACAGAAAAAGGCUGUGUUGGAGAAAAGAGCACAGAAUGCUGGCUGGACCUCUCCCCAGCGCUCCAGCACAAUGUCUCAGCGGACCCAGGACUGCAUACGUCUCCUGGAACUCAUUGGCGUACCCUGCAUCAAGGCUCCAGGAGAUGGAGAAGCACUGUGUGCUCACCUGGUGAAAAGUGGUGUGGUUGACGCUGUUGCCUCAGAGGACAUGGACACACUGGCUUUUGGAGGAACCAUCCUCUUACGCCAGCUCAAUGCCAAGAGAGACAGUGAGGUGACAGAAUAUUCCUUACCCAAGCUUUUGGAAGCUCUACAGCUCACACACAAAGAGUUUGUGGACCUGUGUAUCCUGCUGGGCUGUGAUUACUGUGAUAAGAUUUGUGGUCUUGGACCAAGGCGAGCACUGAAGCUCAUCCAAGAGCAUCGUACCAUAGAGGAGGUUGUGCUGAACGUCAACAGAAAGACACACCCCAUCCCACUGGAGUGGCGAUACCAAGAGGCUCGUCGUCUCUUUCUGGACACGCCGCAGGUCGACAGACCAGUACUUACCUGGCAGGAACUUGACGAGGAGGGCUUGGUCCGUUUCCUGUGCCAUGAGAAACACGUCAAGGAGCAGAGAGUCCGAGGCAGAAUAGAGAAGUUUCGGUCAUCUCUACAGGACAGGCGAAGGCAAAGGGAAGAAGAUAAGAAGGUGGGGAGAGUCAAACAGACACGCCUGGAGCAGUUUUUCCGUGUAACACGAAAGAGACAGGCUCAGUCAGCUGCACAGGAGAAGAAGUUUGACCUGCUAUCUGAUCUUGGUGGCGACAUCUUUGCAGCUCCUCCAUCUCAGACUGCAGGCUCCUCAAACUUUGCUAACUUUGCACAUUUCAACAGACCAACAGCUCAGAGUAACUCAAACACAGACUUUGCCAACUUUGAUUCCUUUGGAAACUCCAGUGUACCCUCCACACAUUUUGGCACAACACACCCCUCCCAGUCCAUCCCUCAACCUCUCCAUACAGGAGGUGGGGUAACUGUGCCCUCGUUAUCCAGUAUGGCUCCAGCUCCCACCCAGUCCAGUAAAACAGGGGAGGAUCGUUACGCAGCCCUGGCAGAGUUAGACAGUGUCCUUAGCUCCACAGCCCCAACAGGAAGCACUCAGCAAGGGAAUGUUUUUGGAGCUGUGUCGGGGCCCACUGCAGCCCAGACACAACCAGGUUUAUCCAGCAUCCAGCAAGGUUUUGCAGCUGCUCCAUCCACAAACCCAUUCGUAGCUGCUGGAAUGGCCCCAGAGCCUAUGUCUACAAACCCCUUUCAAACCAACAGUAGAGCUUCAGCUACAGAAAUGAGUGAUUGUCUCCGAGUUCUGUGGUUUCCUUUCGUUGAUAACCCAGCCUUGUUUGGCACAGGCUCCAUGAGCAUGCCCGCUGGCUUCGGCAACCCCACCAGUUACUGCAUGCCCACCAGCUUCAGUGGAACCUUUCAGCAGCCCUUCCCUGGCCAGAGCCCCUUCCCCCCGCCAGCAGCCUACCCACAACAGCCUAAUGGCACAGGCUUCCCUGCCUAUGGACAGGCCAAGCCACCGAUGACAUCUUAUGGCCAGGCUAUACCGGGACCAGGGAUGUCCAACAAUCCCUUUAUGGGAGGAGCCCCAUCAGGACCAUAUCCCACUGGAGGUUCCUCUACGAAUCCCUUCUUAUAACAGCCCUGUUACAGCUACAACCCAGCAGCAUCACACACACUCUCCAUUGUCACCAAUGCUCCAAAAAUGCAAAAGUCACAAAAACUCUGAAAUGAUCCACCUGUACAUUCACUGCACUUUGAUAUUCAUUGAGACAAACAGAUCAGAAGUGGAAGAAGGUCUUCCCUUUUCUAUAGAAUUUGGAGAAGCAGCUUUGGGAACUGGUGGAUGCACAGUGCUAGUUUUCCUCCUCAUUCACAGCUUUGAUUCAGUAUGUUACUUUUUAUGCCUAGAGAAUAAGCUCCUUCUGUGUAUCAACAUUUGUAAUCCCCUUAAAAACACACAUAUUAUGUACAGCAAGAACUUGGAAAAGAACAAAAAAACUGAGAAAACUGGUUACUGAGGAACUGUGAGAAGCUGUUGGAAUCCAGUGGUUCUCCUAAGCAGCUACCAUGGAUUAGACAACCUGUUUUGUUGUUUAAAGGUGAAGCCAAAUCUGAAAGGAAAAUAAACCACUUCUCAGCUCAAAGAGGGACUGAGGACAUGGUGAGGAUUUAAAAAUAUCUACGCCAGCUUGCCUGUAGUGAGAGGAACAAGUGUCAGGUAUCUUCAGCAGGUGUCUUCAACACAAAAGGAAAGAGAGCGGAGGUGUAAAAAAAAAAAGUGUCCUCCACAGUCUGCCCUAGGGCAUAUGGUUGCACCUAGUGUCAGGUGUCAGCUGUGUUUUCCAUCAUUAAUGGGUUUUUGACUAAAUCAGACUUACAAUUACAUGUGUAUAAGUCAGUGUGUACAUAUAUG